AUGUCCCGCCUCGACGACGAAAAGUACGAUGCCGACCAUGCCUCGCUCGCUGGCGAGCCUGGAUUGGGCAAGACGGAACACGAUGAUGGUGUCGACCGGCACUUGGCUAUCACCAAGCCGGCAAUUCUCGAGGGCCUGUCAGAUGAGGAGAUCGCUGCGAUCGACAAGAGAACCACGAGGAAGCUGGACAUUCUUCUCAUGCCGACUUUGGUCUGCCUUUACAUCCUCAACUACCUCGACAGGCAGAAUAUAGCCAGCGCUAAGCUCGCUUUCAUCGAUGUACAGCUUGGAAUGUCUGCUGUACAGUACCAGACCGCUGUAGCCAUCCUUUUUGCCGGAUAUGUGGCUCUACAGAUCCCCUCCAACAUGAUUGUCUCCAAGAUCAAAUGGCCAGGUAUCUACAUUUGCGGUAUGUGCUGUGCAUGGGGGCUUGUCUCCGGGUGCACCGGCGCGGUCACCAGCUACGCUGGCCUGGUUAUCUGCCGAGUUAUCCUUGGCUUUACCGAGGCUGCCUUCUUUCCGGGCGCCAUCUUCCUCCUCUCGCUGUUCUACGAAAAGAAGGCGAUGGCUCUCCGCACCGCCAUUCUCUACUCUGGCUCCCAGGUCGGAAAUGCCUUCGGCGGUCUUUUCGCCCUCGCCAUUCUGACUUUGGACGGUACGAAUGGACUUUCUGGUUGGAGAUGGCUCUUUAUCGUUGAGGGCGCAAUGACCGUCGGUCUCGGCUUGAUCUUCAUGCUCUGGAUGCCCAACACCCCCAGAAACAUUAAGUGGCUUGACGAGCGGGAGAAGGCACAGCUUCAGUACCGUCUGGAAGUCGAUCGAGCCUCCAAGGACGCCACAGACGAGCUUGGCGUCGGCAAGGCCUUCUGGCUUGCCCUCAGCGAUCCCAAGACUUGGCUGCUGUGCUUGGUAUUGCAGAUGAACUACAUCGCUGCCUCGGUCACCAACUUCUUCCCAAUCGUGGUCGGUGGUCUUGGAUUCUCCCGAACCGUCACUCUUGCCAUCACCGCCCCUCCCUACCUCCUCUGCGUUGUCGCCAUCACCAUCAACGGCUGGCACUCUGAUAAGAAGCAAGAGCGAACUCUCCACAUCAUCUGUCCCUUCUUGGUUACCAUCAUCGCAAACGUCAUCGCUGUCUCCACUACCAACACCGCCGCUCGGUACACCGCCAUGAUGCUCCUGCCGGGGUCCUUCUAUUCUGCCUCAAUCGUCGUGUUAUCGUGGAUUAGCUCGUCCAUCACCGGACCCCACGUCAAGCGCGCUAUCGUCUACGCAUUGAUCAACUCGAUCUGUAAUACCCCCAACAUCUGGACGAGUUACCUCUACUCUGACCAGCCGCGGUACAUCUUGGCCUUCUCCGUCGACCUUGCUGCUAGCGUGGGUGUCGUCCUCGCUGCUGCUCUCACGUUCUGGUACCUUCGUCGCCAGAACCGCAGGAUCGAGCGUGGCGAGGACCUCGGCAUCAACGGACCUACGCGCGUCCAGAUCGAGGCUGGGUUCAAGUAUCAGUUGUAA